AUGGAACAUUUGUCAAGGCAGGAAUUAGAGGUUAUCCAUGAAAUUCCCCUCUACCGGCAUUUUGUGGAGAAGUGGGCCCAGGUGGAAUCAUUCCAGGCCAGGCCAGACGACCUUCUCAUUUCCACCUACCCGAAAUCAGGCACAACCUGGAUUAGUGAAAUCGUGGACAUGAUUUACAACAACGGGGACGAGGAGAAAUGUAAACGGGAUGCAAUUUUCAAUCGAGUCCCUUUCAUGGAAAUGAGCUGCCCUGGACUCCCAAGUGGCACAGAGCAGCUGGAUACGGUGCCAUCGCCUCGGCUAGUGAAGACCCAUCUCCCAGUUCAGCUCCUCCCUGUCUCCUUCUGGGAGCAGGACUGCAAGAUGAUCUACCUUGCCCGAAAUGCCAAGGACGUGGCUGUCUCUUAUUACCAUUUCUACCAGAUGGCAAAGAUGCAUCCAGACCCUGGCACCUGGGAUGAGUUCCUGGGGAAGUUUAUGGCUGGGAAAGUGGCUUAUGGAUCCUGGUACGAUCAUGUCAAAGGCUGGUGGGAGAAGAAAAAGGCCUAUCGAAUUCUGUACAUGUUCUAUGAGGACAUGAAAAAGGAUUCAAAGCGCGAAAUAGAGAAGGUGCUCCAGUUUCUGGGAAAGGACCUGAAGGAGGAAGUGGUGAAUAAAAUCCUCCACCAUACCUCCUUCCAGGAGAUGAAGAAGAAUCCUACUGCUAACUAUGAAAUGAUGCCAACCUGGGCUAUGGACCACAGUGUGUCUCCAUUCAUGAGGAAAGGAAUGGCAGGAGACUGGAAGAAUUACUUCACCGUGGCUCAGAAUGAGAUAUUUGACGCACAUUAUAAAGAGCAGAUGAAAGGCUCGACAUUCAGAUGCCAAAUGGAGAUAUGA